AUGACUUUAAUCUAAUCUAAUAAUAAAUAGCGGGGAGAAAACUCGAUAGAACCCUAAACGACGUUACUUUCUCUCCAACACGAAGGAACGAACGAACGAAGCAAAAAGAAAAAAAAUGGCAACGGAGGUGGAUGAUGGUUAUGUAACAACGGGGGUGGAUGAUAAUUAUGUAGAGGAGGAGGGUGAUUAUUAUGAUGAGGAGGAGGAUUAUGAUUAUGAUGAAGAAUAUGUGGAGGAGGAGGAGGAUGAAUAUGGUUUUUUGUCAGAUGUUUUUGCAACGGAGGGUGAUGAGGAUGAGACGGAAACUUUGAAGUAUUUUGAACUAUUGAAAGUCCCUGCUGAGGAUUAUAAAAAUCUAUCCCCUGAACAAAGAGUACACUGGAUGACAGCACAUUUCCUUAUACAAAGAAACGAACCACCAAAACCACCAAAAAAAGAACAAGUUUCAAAUGGAGAAGAACAAGUAUCAAAAGUCGAAGAAGAAUCAAAAGUGGCAGAAGACGGCGACGUAGAAGAAGAAUCAAAAGUACCAAAAACGAGUGAUGAUGAUGGAGGAUCCGGACCAAGGGGGGCCUCUUGGAAAAGCAGCAGUAAACCAGGUGGUGUUUGACGAUGCAUGCCUGAUGGCAGAUGUAAACAAUAUUUUGAAAUCAUCGUAGGACUUUCCCCUUGUAGUACUUAACUUAUCCUCAUGAUUAAGUGAGUGUGAUGGACACUUGUUUAGCUCUCUCUCUGUUUUUUUAUUUUAUUGUUAAUGGAGUGUAAUUGAUGAAUCUUUAAUAUGGUUUGGUGCUAUCUCUCAUCUUAA